AUGUCGUCAGGUAACGAACCAAAUGGGGAUGUGGGUGAGAGGGAGAAAGUACUUCCCGUAGCAAGUGAAGCCGAGACGCCAGGUCAGAAAACCGAACGCUCUACCAAAGGCAUCAAAUGGUUUCUUCUCGUCGUUGGCAUCCUCUCCUCCGCCUUCCUCUUCGCGCUGGACAACUCCAUUGUUGCCGAUGUCCAACCUCAGAUCAUCGAGACUUACCCUGGAAGCAUUGACAAGCUACCAUGGCUGUCGGUGGCAUUCGCGCUAGGCGCAGCUUCGACAACUCUUGUCUGGGCUUCGCUAUUCGGAAGUUUCGACUACAAGCCUCUCUAUCUCAUUGCCCUUGUCCUCUUUGAGAUAGGGUCUGCACUUUGCGGCUCGGCUAACCUGAUGGAUGUCCUCAUUUUUGGUCGAGCUCUUGCCGGACUAGGUGGUGCCGGUCUCUACCUUGGGGUCUUGACCUUGCUGUCGGCCCUUACGACUGCAUCAGAGAGGCCUGUAUACGUAGCCUCUACUGGUCUUGUUUGGGGCUUAGGCAGUGUGCUUGGACCGGUCAUCGGCGGAGCGUUUGCUGAGAGCAGUGCAACAUGGAGAUGGGCGUUCUACAUCAACCUUGUUAUUGGCGGCCUCUUUGCCCCGGUCUACCUCUUCAUGAUACCAUCUGUCGAUCCCCGGCCCGAGCAACGGACCGUUCAGAAGGCUGCUGCCUUCGACUAUGCGGGGUCUUUCCUGAUCAUUGCCGCAUUCUCUCUUGGAACCGUUGGACUGUCGUUUGGUGGAUCGUUGUUCGAAUGGCGCUCGGCCACGAUCAUCACCACGCUAUGCCUAUCGGGUUUGUUGUUUGUCCUCUUUGGCAUCCAGCAAUGCUUCUGUCUCUUCACCAACCUCGAACACCGUCUCCUUCCCGUACAAUACUUCAAAUCACGUACUCUCGUGCUUCUUUUCGUCCAAUCCGCGGCUUCAGGAGCUCCAAUCUUUGUUCCGGUCUACUUCAUCCCAUUGUUCUUCCAGUUCACCAGGGGAGACGGGGCACUAGACGCCGCUGUUCGACUUCUUCCCUUCGUGUGCUUCUUGGUAUUCUUUUCCCUCGCCAAUGGAGCCAUCAUGGGCAAGGAAGGUCACUACGCGCCCUGGUACAUUGGUGCAUCGAUCUUCAUUAUCAUUGGGUCUGCGCUCAUGUAUACCGUCAAUGAAACUACAAGUACGGCCAGAAUCUAUGGAUAUUCGAUAUUGCUCGCGUCUGGGGCUGGCUGUAUUGUACAGAUUGGCUUCAUCGUCGCCCAGGCCGUUGUCCCUCGAUCCGAAAUGUCCGCCGCUGUCGCGUUUAUCAACCUUGCGCAAAUUAGUGGUCUCGUUAUAGCUUUGACGCUAGCGAACACCAUAUUUCUCAACGACGCCCAAAUACAGAUUGCGAACAUUCUUCCCAACGCCUCUCCGGACGAAAUCGAUUCUGCCAUUUCCGCUUCGCGCUCAGCCUUUCUACAAUCCCUAUCCAGAGAUGUCCAACAGCAAAUUCUGCACGCAAUCGUGGUUUCUAUCAGCAAAACAUAUAUCCUGUGCAUGACAUCCGGGGCUUUAAUCUUAGUGCUUGCCUUUGGCCUCAAGUGGGAGCGUGUUUUCCUUGUUAUGUAG